AUGUCUCUGCUAGGGUUUGUGAAAACUCCGGCGGAGGUUGGCAAAAGUCCGGCGGAGGUUGACCUGCAAGAAAGAAGCACUAAAAAAGUGAAGGAUAACAUUGAAGAUAAUGGUAUGAAUGUGGGAGGCAGUAAAAGUGGUCCGACUAUUUCUUUUCGUGAUAUAAUCACGGGGCAAGGAGGGGUGGAGGAUGCAGAUGCAGUGGAGUUUGAUGUAGGUGGGGAAGGCAUUAUGGAGGAUUCUAAUGGUGAUAUAACUAUUGAAGAGGAGGUCAUCGGAGGUUAUGAAUGUCCAAAAUUUAUCUUUUCUGCUGAAGAGGAGGAGAGGAUGCAAAGACCUUGGAGGAGGGGUGUGAUUGUGAAGUUGUUAGGAAGGAGAAUAGGGUACAAGGCGCUGGAGAAUAGGCUUAACCAGAUGUGGGUGAGGAAAGGAGUCAUUAGUAUCAUUGAUCUGAGCAAUGACUACUAUCUUGUUGCCUUCUCCCAUGAAGAUGAUAAGAAGGCAACCAUGACCAAUGGGCCUUGGUUCAUCUAUGACCACUACCUUACAGUGAAAGACUGGAAGCCUAAUUUUCAGCCUGAGUGCGACACGAUAGAUGAAGUUGUUGUUUGGGUGUGUAUUGCUGGCUUGCCGAUUGAGUAUUACAGCCCCAAAGCAUUAACAAGAUUUGGAAAUCGCAUUGGUAGAGCUAUAAAGAUUGAUAGAACUACUACUAAACAAGAAAGAGGGAAAUAUGCAAGGAUUUGCGUUGCGGUUAAUUUGGCAAAACCAUUACUAGGGAUGUUUCAAAUUGAUGGUAGUAACUACAAGAUAGAGUAUGAAGGGCUUCAUCUUCUUUGUUUAAGCUGUGGUCGAUAUGGGCAUUAUAAGGAAGGGUGUCCUAUGAACAGGGUUGGGAAGGAUAUUGAAGAAGAUAGAAGUAUUCCUAAUGACAGUAAGGAGAAGACUCAGGUAGGGGGAAGUAGUGGUUUGAUUGGAGAAGAAUUAGAUAUAUCUGGUCCUUGGAAGGUGGUGCAAAAGCAAAUAAAAGGAAAAAAAGUGGUGGAGGGAAAGAGAAACACGGCGCCGACGAGAUUCAAUGCUAAAAGCGAUAAAGGUGGAUCGAGGUUUUCUACUUUAGGAAACAUUGAUCAGGAGUUCAAUAGCAUUAAUGGGGGUAUUGAUGGGGUGGAAAGUAAUGAUAGGGAUAAUAUGGCAGUUUCGGUUACUAUUGGUGGACAAAAAAGUCAAAUGGAAAUACACAAUAUUGAUGCCACAACUGGCAGAAAAGAAAGAGAAUAUUCUGUUUCUAAUAGUACUACGGGGAACAUUAAUGUGGAUAACACGAGCACGUGGCGGGAUUUAACUGGGGAACACAAAAUAGUGGGGGGAUAG